ACAUAAAAAAUAUAGAAUAAUAAUAAUAUAUUGUUGAAGAUUUAUAAAUUUCUGUAAUAUAAAUUAUAUUUUGAAAUAUUAAUGCUACAUUUGAUUUCCAGAGUGCAUUGUUAUGAUGAACGAAGAAUGGCGGACACUGUCAUAUUACGAUACUUGUUCACAUUUUUAAUAAUAAAUGCUUGUAACGGUUUGCCAGGACUGGAGAGCCUGGACGAUGGAUCACUACCUACCACACAGAUGACAGAAUUAAACCAGUCCAACGAACCAGUGUCCAUUUAUGACAAGAUGGUACACCUUCCUAGGUACUCGUGCCACCAGUGCGAGCACGCGGAGUGCGAGGCCGCGGAGGGCCGCGUGUGCCGCGACGCGCUGUACUGCUUCAAGGCCACGGUGCGCGCGCGCGACGGCCGCCUGCAGCACUCGCGCGGCUGCACGCAGCGCACCGACCACUACCACUUCAUCUGCCGCACCAGCCAGCCGCAGGGACCACACAAGCGUCACGCUGCCCAACUGCAGAUAACCUGUUGCAAGGGAGACAUGUGCAACGAGGGCAGCUUCCCAGAACUGCCUCCGGUCGACACCUCCAUAGAGCCACUGCCGUCGAACGCUUGGAAGCUAUGGGCCAGUGUGAUCGCCUCUGUGCUUAUCAUCAGCAUGAUCGGCUCUAUGGCGAUAUUCGUACUCAGAAGGAGUCAUAGGCUGCGCGUGUCGAGAGCGUCGCUGCACAAGUUGGGCGCCGACCCCAACUACUUCUCGUACAGCCCUCAACUCACCAGUGCAUUCUAUGAAGGCGGCGGCGGCGGCGGCGGCGGCGGUGGUGGUAGCGGCGAAGGGUCUGUGAACGGCGCGGUGCGCGCGGUGGCGGCGGGCGAGUCGACGCUGCGCCAGUACCUGGAGCCGGGCGCCAGCUCGGGCUCGGGCUCCGGCCUGCCGCUCAUGGUGCAGCGCACGCUCGCCAAGCAGGUCUCGCUGCUGCACUGCGUCGGCAAGGGUCGGUACGGCGAGGUGUGGCGCGGCUCGUGGUACGCGGACACGGUAGCGGUAAAGAUCUUCUUCUCGCGCGACGAGGCCAGCUGGCGGCGCGAGACCGAGAUAUACAGCACCGUGCUGCUGCGCCACGAGAACAUCCUCGCGUACAUCGGCAGUGACAUGACCAGCCGCGGCAGCUGCACGCAGUUGUGGCUGAUCACACACUACCACCCGCUGGGCUCGCUGUACGAGCACCUGAACAGGAGCACGCUCACCCGCCACCAGAUGAUGGUGAUAUGCCUCUCUGCCAUCAACGGCCUGCUGCAUCUGCACACAGAGAUACACGGCACGCAAGGCAAGCCGGCGAUAGCGCACCGCGACAUCAAGAGCAAGAACAUCCUGAUGAAGGUGAACGGCGAGUGUGUGAUCGCGGACCUGGGGCUGGCGGCCACGCGGCAGCAGAUGCCGUCGCCAAACGAGCCGCGCCAGGGCACCAGCCGCUACAUGAGCCCCGAACUCCUAGACGGGAGCAUCGACCCGGAGUGCUUCGAGUCGCUGCUGAAGUGCGACAUCUACGCGUUCGCGCUGGUGUUGUGGGAGGUGGCGCGGCGCGUGGCGCCGGCGCGCGAGUACCGGCCGCCCUACCACGCGCUCGCGCCGCCGCACCCCGCGCCGCACCACAUGCGCAAGCUCGUCUGCGGCCACGGCGCCCGCCCGGCCCCGCCCGCCCACACGCAUCCAACAAUGGUGGGUCUCGCGAACCUUAUGCGCGAAUGCUGGCACCAGAACCCAUCGGUUCGCCUCCCGGCGUUGCGCAUAAAGAAGACGCUCCUAAAACUAGCCGCCUGCGACAACUCCAUACAUCUAAACGAAGACAAUGAGGUGUCCGUGUGACG